AAGAAGAAUAUAAAGCAUCCAAAGUAAGGAGUAGAGCUUUGCUUUACGUCAUCCUAAAAGUAAACGUUUAGGGGGUGCGAAUACGAUCUUCUAACGUUUAAAUCCGUGUGUUGUUGCAUUGUAUCGAUCAGAUAGACGUCCCAUAGACAGAAAAACAUCUGUCGACACAUUGUCCUACUUGGGAAACAGGUACGUCAUCAAAGAAGCCGACAUUCAGGACGACAGUCUUGUCUCCUCUAAGCCCUCUUCUCAUUGGACGUUGGCUUCACGUGACGAGCACAUAAAGCCGUCUCCAGACUGUUGUGUUCAUUGAGAACACAUAACAUCCGGGCCUCUCAACUUCCAUCCCGUCUCAACACACGUGCUUCGAAAUUCGGGACUGUGCAGGUGAGAAUCAUCUGGUGGGAACUUCCGGCGUCUGGCUGAAUACCUGUUGUAAGAACUGUGUUACCGGUCUAAUUUUCAAAAUGUCCGUCUCCGUUCUCGUAUUAAGUAUAUUUAUUUUCAAUACGGGAUUUGCAGAAGAAUUUUUCGAGCUAAGAAACAGAAAAGACAAUGUCCAAUAUCGAGUUAUUCACGACAGAAAUAUCGUAACUUCUACGGAAAAAGCUCAGGAAAUACUUAUUCGUUACGGUUACCUACGUUGUAGCUUAAAAAGGAGAAGAGGACCAUUGUCUCUAGCAAAUAGCAUUUUAAAUAAGGAAACAGGUCCUCCUCGAUCCUGUACACAGGAAGAUAUACAAGAAGCAAUAAGACAAUAUCAGAGAACUUACAAUAUGCCACCCACAGGAAGGUUAGAUCAACCCACUUUAAGGUUAAUGAGCGAAUCUAGAUGCGGAAAUCCCGAUGACGAAGAUGCUGUUUCGUUUCAACCAAUGAUUAAUCUAAGAAAAAAACCAGGUUGGAGGAAAAACAGAAACGAUAUACAACAGAGGCGAGGGAAAAGACAGGCGAUGACACUUAGAGAAUUAGUUUUGGGCGUUUCGCCUACACCUGGUAUAGAAGCUUAUACACCACCUGCACCCGGUACCACACUAUCCAGACGUAGGAGGUGGCUAGAAAAUUAUGUAAGAAACAUCGAAAAUGGGGAAUUUGAUAAAAGACUCGAGUUAAUUUAUGAAAACUUACAAGAAAGAAGAAGAAAGAAGAGAUCCGUUUCUGACGGACAAGCAUUCCCUUCGGAUGUUGUAACUUGGCGACUCAUCGGUUCUGCCUACAGUAACCAGCUGACUGCAAACACUCAAAGAGCAGCUCUGGCUUUAGCGUUUAGAAUGUGGGGUGAAGUUAUUCCUCUUAUCUUUCAAGAAGACACACGAGCACCAGUAGAUGAUGUAGAUAUUCUGAUUGCAUUUGGAAGAGGAGAACAUCUAAACUGCUUGAAUCAUUUCGAUGGUUUUGGUGGUCAAUUAUCUCAUGCUAUAAAGAUGGCUGCCAAUGCUGAGAUACACGUUGAUGAUGACGAAUAUUUAACAGUAGGCUCGAAUCACGGUACUAAUUUAGUUAAAGUUGCUGUUCAUGAAGUUGGUCACGCUCUUGGAUUACUUCAUACAUAUCGAAAUUAUUCUAUUAUGUAUGCAAUUUACUCCAAAGUGAUUCCAAACAAUAAUUUCGAAUUAGGUUGGGAAGAUAGAAAAUUAGUACAGAAAAUUUAUGGCGUUUGCACUGGAAGAUUCGAUACGGUUUUCGAUUGGGUACGAAGAAGAUCUGAUGGUCAACUCAUCUAUAACACAUAUUUCUUCCGUAAUAAUCGUUACUGGAUGUACGAAAAUAGAUAUAACAGGACCAGAUACGGCGAUCCUUUACCCAUUAUCCCAGAAUGGAAAGGUUUACCAAAUUCAGUAGAUGGCUACGUACAUGUCUGGACUUACAAUCACGACGCCGCAUACUUUUUUAAAGGACAUCAUUAUUGGUUAUAUAACAGCAUCGAAGAUAAAGUAUCAGAUGAUUAUCCUAAGAAUAUAUCUGAUGGUUUUCGUGCCAUACCCGGUUCCAAUUUCCCAAAUAUUCCGAAUAACAUCGAUAGCGUUUUCUUUGAUAAACGGGAUGCAAAUUUAUAUUUUUUCAAAGAUAAUUUGGUGUAUGCUUACGACGUAUCGCGAGGUAACGAAGGUUGUUGUUUACCCGGUUACCCACGUAAAAUUCAACAAGAAUUUCCAAGUGCACGUUCCGAAUCAACUUUACCCGCAAAUUUAGAUGCAGUAUAUUAUUCUUAUACAGAUAAAUCCAUGUACUUUUUUAAAGGAUGCUACUAUUGGCAAAAUAUAGGGUUUAAACCAUUAGAUCGAAGACGUACGAAUCGCAUCGCAGGACCAUGGGAAAUUUCCUCAAAGUGGUACGACAUCUGUGACGUAGAGAUGUGAUUUUUUUAACACUUUAUAUAUAAAUUUAACAAAGGUUUUUUUAUGUUAAAAAAUCGGCUUUUGUAAUAUAGAAGUAUUUUAAGUGAAUUAGACUCGAUUCAUGCUUAAAUUUGCCAUCCGUCCGGAUUUUUUUUUCUUUUUUUUUUCUUUAAAUUAUAUCGAAUUUCAAGAACUCAAAACGUCGAAUAGAUGUUUAUGUUUAAAUUUAUUUCAAAUUAUUCCUUAAUUAUUUUAUAGUUUAACUGAUAUUUACGAUAUUCCGGAGUGGCAGAAAUUGGGAACACUAUUUUAAAAAUUGACAUUUGACAGUGUUUCCUAUUCAAAAAUGAAAGGAAAGAAAAAAAUAUAUAUAUUUUAGUGCUAAAAUAUCUGUGAUUUAAAACAAUGUCCAAUACUUUUUAUAUAUAUAAAAAAAUUUCGUUUUUUUUAUACUCACGAACGACGUUGAGGACAUUCCUCAGAAAUUUCGUGAAAAUUAUAUAAACUGUAAAAUUUAUAAAGUCUCAGUGAUAAUUUAUAGCUUGUUUACAUGCCAUUUAUGCAUGUGGAAUAUAGAUCUUUGUUUUUAGAAAUUUUUUUUUUUAUUUUACCAACAAGGUUUGUUUUUCAAACCGAAUUGAUUUAGUCAUAGUACAAAUUAAAAAAUAUAUAUAUUAUAUAUUAUUAAAAUAAAAUGUGAUUUAUGUUGAUAACCGACCAGCAGCUAUAUCAGCUGUUAAGCUUUGUAUAGUUCUAUAUUUUGUGUGAAUUUUUGUGUAAGAAUGUUUUUUUCUAAAUGCAUAAACGGAGCUAGUCCAGCCCCAUAAUCAUGGCUUCAUAUUGAAGUACUAUUAGAAGUCGGUAUAUACACUUUUAUUAAUUUCAAAAAUAUUCUUUCAACGAGGAAAGAACUUAAAAAAAAUCAUUUCCAUUUUUUUUCGGUCGUGACUGUCUGUUCUUAACUAACGCCUUUCGGUGUUUUUAGAUUACAGGGGACCACUUGAUAAUGACUUGAACUGUGUUACUAAUUCCUGUUCCCUAUCUUUGACAUUAUUCCCAAGGUUAUAGAUGAAUCUAUAAAUUGUAAUACCCUUCCUUCGCCAACAAAAUAUUAAAAAAUUGACUGAAUAUUUAUAAAUCUAUAACUAAAUUAAUAUUUUAUUUAAAUAUUCUUUCCUGUAAUGUGUCUGGUUUGCUCCAGUCAAUUAAUCAGAUGCACUGGACCAUUUAAAAAUAUAAUUUAUAGUCAUAUAAAAUCCAAUAGGUUAAUUUGCAAGCUUUAUGGUUCAUUUGUAUCAAAGUUUGAUGAUUUUUAAAAAAUAUUUUCUUAUUUUGCAACGAACUCCUUUGAAAUAUUAUUCCACAUUGCAAUAUCCAGGAAACACCUUUAAUGCCUUAGAUAUUUAAAUAUAAACUUUUAAAAGUAAUAAAAUUAUAAAGUUUUUAAUGAUUUAAUUUAAAUAUAUAUAUAUAGAUUUGUUCCUCAAAUAACUGCAAUGUCGUGUGUAUGAUGGAGAAUGUAUGCGAUCGAAU